AUGGCCCGCAUUCUCAUCACCGGCUCCUCCGACGGCCUUGGUGCCAUUGCGGCCCAGAAACUCGUCAAAAACGGCCACCAAGUCGUUCUUCAUGCCCGCAACGCCCAGCGCGCCGAAGAUGCGAAAUCGGCCGUGCCCGGGGCCGAGACCGUCCUCGUCGGCGACCUCACCAAGAUCGCAGAGACCAAGAAAUUGGCCGAGGACGCCAACAAGCUCGGCACUUUUGACGUGGUCAUCCACAACGCCGGCCUCUACCGCGGCCCGUACCGCAAGACCGACCUCGGACUUUCGAGCCUCACAGCGGUCAACGUGAUGGCGCCGUACCUCCUAACAUGCCUCAUGAACAAACCCAAGAGAAUCAUCUAUGUAUCAUCGGGUAUGCACCGCAGCGGCGACGCAACCUUCAAGGACCCGACGUGGGUUGAGCGAGGAGAGGCCGCUUGGGACCAGAACCAGGCUUACUGCGACUCCAAGCUGCACGUAAGCACGCUGGCGAAUGCUGUCGCGCGUCUAUGGCCGGACGUGAAGAGUAACUCUCUUGAUCCUGGCUGGGUGGCUACCAAGAUGGGCGGACAGAGCGCUCCGGGUAGCGCUGAUGAUGGCACGGCUACAUAUGUCAUGCUUGCAGAGGGAACCAAUGGUGGGGACGUGAGUGGAAAGUACUUCAAGCCUGGGAAGAAGGAAGACGUCGCGGAGGAGUUCACCAGGGAUAUCAAGAGACAGGACCAGUUGCUGGAGCUCUGGGGAAAUCUCACGGGAGUGAAACUGCCUGUCUCUUAA